AUGAUUGAUGAUUAUUUGCUUUACGUUGACAAGUUUGUACCGAAUACAGGUGAUCGAUAUCAAUCGUUUCCAGAAGAAACAGAGAACGAUGGCAUAGAUUCUAUUGGUGGCUUUCAUUGUAGUUUAAGUUUAUCCAAAAACAAACGUCGACAUUCAAAGUCUCAUCAACAUGAUCCAUUUACUAAUAAACGAACAAAAUGUCAUUCACUGAUUGAAGAUACAACAGUAACAAUGACAAAGUUUCAUAAUUUACAUCGAGAUACAAAUGAUUGUACUCUAAUAAUUAUUCCAAAUCAACAACUAAUUAAUCAUAUAGUAAGUUGUUGA